GAUUACUCAUAACACAAAAAAAAAAAAAAAAAAAAAAACAAAUAAAUGAAAAAUAGCACUUAAAAUUUUUAGAAAACUCAAAUGUUCAAUUUUCUACCGAUCUGAUCACCGAAAAUUGACAAAAUCAUUACAAAUAAUUUCGAAUAUCCGAUAAACUCAAAAUUCGAUGUAUUCUUCGUGAUAGAUUUCGAUCAUCAGACAAUUUUUGUCGAUUUUUUGAUAUAAUUUUUUAUAUAAUUUUCGAAAAUUUGUAGAGUAAUUUUAGUUGGAUUCUGCAAUGGCUGCUCCAUUUUUCAACACUCCUUUCCAACCUUACGUUUACCAGAGUCCGCAAGAUGCUGUCACACCUUUUCAGAUUCUGGGUGGAGAAGCUCAGAUAGUUCAGAUUAUGCUGAAGCCACAGGAGAAGGUUAUUGCUCGGCCAGGAUCUAUGUGUUAUACAUCUGGAUCUGUUCAAAUGGAUAAUGUUUACAUCACCGAACAAGAGGUGGGAGUGUGGCAGUGGAUAUUUGGGAAGACUGUGACCAGCAUUGUUCUUCAUAAUUCCGGUUCAAGUGAUGGAUUUGUUGGAGUUGCUGCUCCAUCACUUGCAAGAAUCCUUCCGAUUGAUUUGGCUAUGUUUGGUGGAGAACUUCGAUGCCAGCCAGAUGCGUUUUUGUGCUCAGUAAAUGAUGUCAAGGUUACUAAUGUAACUACUGAUCAUAGGGCACGUAACGCUGUUGUUGGUGCAGAGGUUAGUCAGUUUUUUUUGCGGCAGAAGUUGUCCGGACAAGGACUUGCAUUCAUUAUUGGCAGUGGAUCAGUUGUGCAGAAAAACCUGGAGGUGGGGGAAGUACUUGCAGUUGAUGCAUCCUGCAUCGCUGCCGUGACAACCACUGUCAAUGUUGAGGUUAAAUAUAAUGGUCCUAUGAGGAGGGGUGUCUUUGGGGCAGACAACCUUGUAACUGCUGUUCUAACAGGCCCAGGGAUUGUUUUUAUCCAGAGCUUGCCCUUUCAAAGACUUUCACAGCGUGUUGCAAGGGCGGUGACAGCACCACAUGUGAGAGAAAACCCCAAGUUCUUCAUCCAGUUGGCCAUUUUCUUCUUUCUGGCUUAUGUUGUGAUUGUAUCAUCAUUGUUAUUGACUGAUGUAUAACAUUAGGCAAGGUUCUCUUCUUCCUUCCGAGUGAUCGCUCCCUCUUCCUGAUGUCUCCUUAGUUAUACAUGAUUAAAUGGCCAGAAGUAGGAUAAUAGAUAAGAUGUUAUAGAUAAAAUUUUCAGUUACUGACCCUGCAAUCUCUCUGUAACAUGGAGUAUGAGAGUUGUAGCCAGUUUCCUCUGAUUCAGGGAAUAGUGAGAGAUUACAAUGUUUGAAAUCUAGUGCACAGUAAUACUCAUUUUAUCGUGCAAUUUGAGAUUUUGGGUUGAUAUUUCUUAGAUUUGGUAUGUCAAGAAUAAUUUGUUGAUAGUA